ACCAUCUUUUCCAAAACCCGGCACUUUUCCUGUUAUGUCUGUCUCCUCUCUGCCGGAAUGGAAGCAACUCCUGCUGGAGAAAAAGAGGAGAGAGGAGGAGGAGCGAGAGAGGAGAGAAAAGGAGGAGGAGGAGAAAUUUGCCAGCAUGCCCGCCUGGAAGCGUGGGAUCAUCCAGCGGAGGAAGGCAAAACAGGACAGUUUUGGUGACAGAGAAAAGGAGAGAGAUGCCUGUCUGCUGCAGGUGGAUGUCAGAUCUCCUUCUGAUGGUCUGAGUGACACUGACAGCUUUGUAACGGUCAAUCCGGGAAGCGAACUGUCACUUAGUCCAGAUUUGGGGCAAUGGCUGGAUGCAGACCUCAAACAAGUGAGUCAGGUGUCUGUUGAAACUAUAGUUCCAGUCCAUGAAAACCCAUUUAUUCGCACGCAGAGUUCGUGGAGGAAGGGCAGAGAUGCAGAUGUAGGGAAUGAGCCAGAAGUUAAGGAGAAAGAAAAAUUGAGCCCCAGGGGUCAAGAUGGAGAGUCAGGAAGAGAAAGAGAUAUAGAGCUGAAAAUAGAAAGAUUCAGAGAUUUAAGUGAGGGACGGGAAAAAGAGAGGGGCAAAGACAGGAGUCAAGGAAGAGAAAAUAGCAGGGAGGGAUGGGAAAAAGAUAAAAGCCAAUGGAAAGAGUCAGUUAAAGAUGCAGGCAGGGAGCGGGAAUUCCUCAAAGUAAGAAAAGACGAGGAAGAUAAAGAAACAGAUCCACCAUCUAAUACGUUUUCCCCCAACGUCCCUUGUCUUCGGACCAUCCGAGCCGACAAUAUCAUCAUCAUCGAACAGGACAGGAGAAGCAGCGAUGAGAGAAGAGGUAGAUGGAGGGAAGCGGAGAGGGAGAGGCCUGAGGAGGACCACAAGGGGAAGAGAGGGAUGAAGAUGGACCUGAGGGAGAUCCUGGCCGGGGGAGGGAGCGUCACAGAGAUUCGAGCCUCUGAGGUUCUGAUCAUAAAGCCCCCAGCAAGCCCUGAAGAGAGGAAUCCAGUAGGAGGAGAAGGAGGAGGGAAAGGUUCAAGUAGACAGGAUGGAGAAAUGAAGUGCAGCAUGGAUGGAAGGAGGGAGAGUAUGGGCAGGGAGCUGAGAACAGACAUAUCCUGGCUAAGAGAAAAAGAGAAAGAGAGACCAUGGGGGCAGGCAACAGUUAUUAAAGAUGACAGGAAGGACAGCUUAGAUGAUAAUGUGUUUGUGGAAAGAGGAGGGAGGGUUAGCCAGCUGCUGAGUAAAUUUGGAGAGCACCCCAAGCCUCCAUCUCGAUCCAAAAGCUCUGAUAAUUUCCUCCGGCCUGGUAGGAGAAAAUACUCAGGCGAUGAAGAUGACCAGCAGUAUGAGGAGAGAAAUAUGCUGUUAAAAGGUGUGCCAAAACGCUCAUUAAGUUUCUCUGACCGCGUCAUCUGUGGAAAGGAGAAUGGUUUAGAUGACAAUGGGUAUUAUGAGAUGAAAAUUAGAAUACAUUCAGACAAGGGCAUAGCGCCGUGGGUUGACGUAGCAGGGAAGGAAACCACAGCAAAGAUCAAACUGGGGUGCUCAAGACUUUUAGAUAAAGACAGGUUUGGAAAGCUUAGAGACAGACAGUUAAAAAACGAGGAUGGAAAGGGGGGGCCCAUGCAGAGUAGCAGUGAGCCAGAAAUCUCCAUCCUAAACAGAGGUGAAGUAAAGAAAGUUGAGGCUGUUGACACCAGGGCUGCAGAAAAGGCAGCUGAUGCACAUGGAGACGAGGGGUUCACAGUGGCGUCUGUCAAAAACACAGAGGGAAUCUCAUUUGCCAGAAGAGUACCGAUCAGGCAGGAUGGGAAAGCGAGAGCAGAGAGAGAGGUGAAGCGACUGGCAGGUGAGAAAGGUUCAGAAAGGGAGCAGAGAGUAGAAAAAGAUUCAGAGGCGGGGGGACGGACUGAGGCGCAAGUUUGUGACAAAAAGGUGUCUGAGUUUCGGAGAGACGAGGGAUUCGAAAGCACAAUCCCACCUGAAGUUACAACAGCAGAGCUGGCCAGUCCAUGUCAGGCUGCUGAGAGUCAGUACAGACAUGAAUCAGCUUUCACAGAGUGCUCCGAUCUACUCUGUGCUGUCACAGAUAGGGCCAGUGACCCCCAUAGAGGGUCCGAGUGGAGUGAUACAGGGCCACAAGGACUUUACCUACCACCCAAUGUUUUGUCCCAACAGACAGAGGAUCUUAUAAGUAAAAUAGAAAAAAUAGGAGACACAACUGUUUAUAGCAAUGAGAAAGGAGGAAGGGCUUACAAAGCUGCUUAUGAAGUGAACAAAGAGAGCAAGCAGGAGGCGCAAACAUACAGUGAUGUUGGGUCAGAGAACCUCAUUCAUGAUGUAACCCCCAGAUCUCCGAAAAGGAUUGCACCAAUGGGGAUCAAUCCAGGUCCCCUCGAGAUUCAAAUCCCCAGAACUGUGUUUUACGUUGCGGAAGAAAUGGUGGAGAGUAAAAAGGCCACAGGUCAAAACAACGAGGGGCAAGACUGGGAAGCAGGUAAAGGUGUUGAGAGGAGGGACAGCUGGAGGAUCGGAAAACCCUUGAGCCGCAUCGAGUCCCUGCGAGAGAAAAUCAGACAAAGAGAGCUGGAGAGGCAGAGACAAAGAGAGGCACAAGAUGGAGGUGGAAGUGAAGGUUCAGAGACAAGUGAUAUUCAGAUAGCUGAGGACAGGCGUGAUGAGAGGGGAACUGAAAUAGACAAAGAGGGAGAAGCUGCAGCUGACAUGCGGAAGAGGCUGGUCAACGCAGAGAGGGCACAGGAAGACGCAGCAGCGCAGACAUCCGUGACUGCAUUUGACGUCACACAGGAAGUCAGCGUGCUAAAAAGCUGCCCUCAACUUCCUGUUUCUGUCCAACAUUCACAAGCCGUCAGAGUAGAGGAAGCAUCAAGCGAGUUUUACACUGCUGCCGCCGAAGUUAUCUCUGACAGCUUCCAGAUAUCUGAGGAUGAAGACGACCUCCUGAAACAUGUGGAAGAACAGCUGAGGCGCCACAGGAGCCUACACGAGAACAGAGGUGAAGAAAGGGAGGUGGAGGAGAAGGAGCUCUCAGAGGAGGAGGUAGAGGAAUACACAUCGCCUCUUGAUCCUGUACAAUCUCUCUCCCCUUUGCCAGCUCACCCCAACUCCCUCACAGCCAUGAGUCGGAUCUACAACUUGGGAACUGUUGGCUCGAGGUCGGGCUUGUGUCUGAGGGAGAGGACGGUAGACAGCCCAUCAGUGCACCUUGUUAAAGUGAAGCCCCUCAUGUCAAACGCACAGCAGAGGGACAACACAGCAUUCUCAGGUGAUGACAUUUCUGGGGUUCAGACAAUACAGCAACAGAUAGAGCAGUUUCAGCUGAAAGAGCAGGAAUCGCUGACAUCUUGUACAUCGCCAAACACUCCUCUCAAAGACAGAGAGACAAAGGGGCAGCAAAGCCCCAGAGGAGUGUUAAAGCAGCAGGUAAAGGACGAUGCCAAGACCCAGGAGAAAGAUCAAGAAACGUCAGAAUCAAACCCCACAGUGUCUCCUCAGCGUACUUGUUCUCCAACAUCUGUGCUCAAACAAACCAACCAAACUAUCACCAUUACCCCCUCACUUCUCAGGAGCCAAUCCCCGGAAAAUACUCUGAAACCCUCAGAUUGCGCCCCGACCCCAGCCUCCUCCCCAUGCUCUCCAUCUCCUGCCCAGUCUCCUAGUGUUUCUCCAUCUCCCACCCCAUCACCUGUGCGCUUCUUAAUCAAGAGUGCCUCUGGAGGCCAGGUGAAGAGAGGUGCCACCAUCACAAUCUCUCCAAAAAAACCUCCUGGGGAAGGAGGAGGAGUGACGGGGUCCACAACGAAGCCCAAGGUAGCAGGGGUGACAGCCACAAAGGCCUCAUCGCAGCAGGCCCAGACUGUCUCAGCUGUGGCCGAGCCAGUGAAGAAGAAGUACCCCACAGUGGAGGAGAUUGAGGUGAUUGGCGGGUAUCAGAAUCUGGAGAAGUCCUGUCUGGUCAAGAACAGAGGGACCCUGAAAAGGGGAAAGGUGUGUUUCGACGAGGACCAGCUGGAGCAGGUCUGUGAGUACCCAUCAGAGACCUCCAUGCUGGCUUAUACCCCUUACCCUCAUGAUCCGUGGAGACUGCAGGGAGAGGACGUGCAGGAGGAUGAGGAUGAAGUAGAGGGAGGAUCGGUCAUAUCCAAAAGCAUAAAGAACGUGGGGAUUACAACGGGUCGGGGUCUAAGAGUGGGUCAGUGUCACCCCCUUCUCAAGAAACAUAGUGUGUAAGGAGUGAGAUCAUGGAUUUAGAUUGUUUUGCCAUUCAUGGUGACUUCUGUGGUCUCCUGUGAAACACUCCACAGGUUUGGACUUUAGAUGGCAAAUUUUAGUUUCUUGUCUGUUUAUUUUCACUGUGUUGUCACCACAGAAGAAGGCCAGAGUGCCUGCACUUUCCUUAAAUUAUCUGUCUGGCAUUAUUCUAUGGCUUAUUUUUCAUAAUAUCAACAAAAUCCAAGACCAAAAUCAACAAUCCAUUUAUCUUUUCUGUAGUAUGUCCUGUGAAGUAAAUGUCUGGUACAGCUUAUUUCACUGUGCUAGAGCAUUAUUUUGAGUCAAUUCCCACAUGUUGUAAACACUCACUUCCACAAUAAAUAUCUAUUAAUUUGAUGCAAAAAAUAGGCCCCAGCAAAUGUUCUUGCUCCUAUGUAAUUUACUCCUAUUCGAGUAACAUUAGCUAAAAACUACAGUGCCCAGCAGUUUUACAGAGCCUUUUUAAAAAAAGUAAAACAAUCUAUUUGUCAACCAUUAUUAAAGAUUUAAAUGUUUAGAAACAGUGAUUAGGCUUUGGGCUGAGUAUCAUAGACAGGGUAGGGAAGAACUAACAGUGAGACUUACUAAAGCGGUAGUCACUCACAAAACCUCUCCAAACGGUUUUAUUUUCUCUGCACUGUUCAUCCCCACUGUUUUAAGAAAUUAUUUAAUUCAGUAGAGUUAUAAAAAUAAUGAACCUCUCUGAGCUUGCAAGCUUGCUAACUAACAGAAUGCUAAAUGUUUGCAAGCUAAAUGUUGCUUAGCAAGUUCAUUAGCUUGGUCACUAAUUUAACAAUAAGUUCAUACAGUUUAUGUGUUUGUCGCAUCGACUCCUUUCUCAUAGCUCUUUUGCGGGGGAGUUUACACUCCGACAGAGGAGGUUAAAUAAAAAUUAAUGGUGUAACAUGGCUAAUUAGUUACUGUAGCGUCCUCCAUUUUAGACUCUGCAUUCACUCAAAGUCAGGAGAGCAAAAUCCAGUGUCAAAUGUGGUGGUUAUGGUAAAUACAUUUUACUGAGAAAUAUUGUCAUUUUAAACUAUUGUUGGUUUUGGUCUUUUUGUGGGAUUUCUUUACAAUAAAAAAACCCCUAGAAUAACGCCAGACUCGUCCUUUCAAUAAACCAACCAAUUUCCAGAGUUUUGCAAUUGGUAGCAGGUUAGCCGCACGGGCAAGCUCAGCAUAAUGAAGAAAUAUAGGCCUAAAGAUUAAAAAUCUAACACAACUCUGGUUUUAAAUGCAGCAAUUUAAAACAUAGAAUUGAUGUUAUGAGAGAGCAACUGGAAUGGUAUAGUUGCAUUUAUGGUCCUCACAAAGCCGUAAAUAUCACUGUUGGUGAACUCAACGAAGUCAGCUCCAAAAACAAAAUGGAAUAGAAAAUCCUAGCUUCAUCUUAUUUACCUUCCAUCUCCGUCUCUCUGUUAGAAGCCAGUCAUCUCGCCAAAAUUGCCCAUGUGAUAAGCUGACCAACAUUUUGUUGAACAAUAUCACAUGAUUUUGAUUAUGUUUUGUUUAGUUUAAAUUGUUGAAAUGAGUGUUGAAGUGAGUGUUUGUAAUCGGUGUGGUGUUUUGUUUCAUUUAGCGUCAGAAUGAAUGAAUGUUGAGGAAGAAAUGUACAGCACAGUUUGAUUCAUGCAGUUAAACAAUAAGAAACAGAAUUUUUGUUAACUGGGUAAAAUAUCUCCUGGUGUUAUUUUCAGGGAAGUUUAGGGACAAAUGUGAAUGUAAGUAUGGUACAUAUUAUAAAAUACCCUCAGGUGUGCACGGCUGGGUGAUGAAGGAUCACUUGUCUAUGCAAUAUAAUAAAAACAAAUAACAUUUUAUUUUUUAGUUAAUAUAUUUGAUAGUUUCUUUUAUGUUAAUUACUUUCUAAAUUUAAGUCAGCACAGAAGAGCAAUGUUUAUAUCAUCUGGUUUCAUGUGCCUGCUGGAUUUGCCCAUACAGAUGAUAUGAAGAUCAAUUUAUAUAGAUACUUGUAUAUUUAUAUAAGAUAUUUAUAUUUUUCUUGUAUGAAGCCUUUUGGAAAAACCUCCUCUCAGUGGGUGUUGUGUUGAACGUUGCAGGAAUAUGGGUGGCGCAAUGUGUGCAGGACAAUUUUCAGAAGUUUAUGUCUUUUGUGGGGUUUAAUUGAGCCUUACUGUUCACAAUGACAACUCUGGUAACAGUUCAGUUAAUGUGUAUGGAUGUAAAUAAAGGAUUUUUUUUGUCAUGUAUAAGUGGAGAGAGCUGUGUGAGUGAAACUCCCUGAGAGGAAGCAGAGUUGAGAGCACAAACGAUUAAAUUAACAGAUUAGCUUCAUCAUAUUACAGCUGAUAUUUGACAUUUGGCUUUAUUACAUUUAUAAUACAAUAUAUACAGAGUUUUUAUUGUUUGUGAAUUUGUAUUUUAAUUGGUGAAACAAGAGGCAAACUAUUUUUUUUUCUAUGAAGAAGCUGGCUUCAAGAGAAAAAAUCUAAUAAAUAUCUCUGACAACA